AUUUUUUAUUUCCGUGUUGAUAAACGAUUCAUUAAGACAGCUGAAUGAACAAACAAGAAAAUAAAAAUUAGAAAAUUCAAGAAUUAUUAAACAAAAAAUGGGCAGUAAAUUUUUUAACAAAUUGCUACUUGUAGCUGGAUUUGCAAGCCUCGCCCAUGCAGCCUUCUCUGCCGCACAUCAUCGCACUUAUUUGCGUUUGACUGAACAGGAAUGGACUAGUCUGCCGUUGGAUGUUAUACUUCAGACCGUGGUCAGUUUGGUGCUGGUCAUUUACAACAUAAUCGAGGUGGUGGGCAACUUUAAGGAGAUACGAGCCACAGUGGACAUGCAGCAGAAGACUUGGGACACCUUGGGCAACUUUCCAUCGUUCUAUUCGUUCAAUCAUCGCGGACGAGCCCUGAAUCCAGGUUAUAGUUUGGAUGGUUCAGAUGCAUAUGAAAACAAUUAGAUAAUUUUUAUUUGGCUAGUUUAAAGCAAUUACUUGAUAAAUGAUUAAUAACCAAAAACAUAAA